AUGGAAGUAUUAGAUAAAAAUCUUACCCAACUUAUCAUGUACUUAGUACCAUCAGAAGUGGAAAGCACUCUACAAGGACACACCACGCUAGAUGCCUUACUGGAUGCAGUGUGCAAUUUCUAUGAGAAGAAACAUCACACACCUACCUACACUUUACCGAAGCAAGCAGAUUUUUUAUUUAUUCGAGACUACUAUGAAGCACCCCAAAAGAUGAUUUCAGGAGUACAAGGGGCGCCUAUACCCGAGGAAAAAUUCCAGGAAUUAGUGGAGACAGUAUUUAAGAAUGGACUCACUCUUAAAACAUUCACAUACUAUAUCUCUACAUCUUACAAAACACAGAAAGAGUCUGUGAAAGUACUUGAAACCUUUGAGACCGGACUACUGGAGGAACUCAGACAGAAGUAUUAG